AUGACUUCUAUUCUCCCUCCAAUCCCAAGAUUCGUCUUCACCAUACUAGAGCCACUUUCCCUAAUUGCUGGAGCUGUUGCACCCUUCAUAUCUCCAGAAUGGUUCGUUGCAGAGCAAAUUCCCAUAUCGCCUCUUGAUCCAAUCUCAGCAAACACUCGAGUAGUGGCAUAUCAAUUGGGAAAUAUCUACCUCCUCCUGGCUAUGGUUGGAGUGGCUGUGCUCUAUCAAACUACGGAGCCUAAGGUUGUCAGAAAUUAUGUGAUAGCCCUUUGGAUUGCAGAUAUUGGGCAUGUGGGUAUCACUUUCUCUGGCAUGGAUUACAAUAGGCUUACCGACUUACCAAAUUGGAAUCCCAUGACUUGGGGGAAUAUUGGAGCAACAGUUGCAUUAUUCUUAACACGGACUGCCUACCUACUUGGCCUCUUCGGGCAAGAUCGUCAGGUGACGCCCAUCUCGAAGAAGGUGCAGUGA